UAGAGCUGAUGGAGUCUGAUAAUAAUGUUGCACUUUCGUUUCCGUCACUUGAUCAACUGUUACUUGAUGGAUGUCCUAGGUUGAAGUCUUUUCCUAGAUGUCCACGUCUGAAAGGUCUUAGUCUGCGGGACCUGAAUGAAGCAUUUACAUUUUGUGAACAAAGAGAUGAUGAAGCAAAUGCAACCACCCCUGCUGCCUCCUCAUUUUCUGCCUCGUCUUCAAGCGGCAGCAACGACAAUCAUUCAGCUGGUGUUGAUGUUUUUGAUUUGCGAGAUUUAAAAACAGACAAUUUAGGAUUAAUUAAGUCCCUUUUUGGGGAGUCUAUACGAAGCAUUGAUAAACUCAGAUUGCGUCAUAUGGAGGUGGAGAGUUUGUCGAGUGUUGAAGAAGAGUAUCAUCGGAAGUACGCAUUUUCCAUUCGUAGUCUACAGUUUGAAAGUUGCCGAAACUUAAAGAGUCUGUCGGGAAUAGAGCAUCUCACCAACUUGAAAAGCCUCUGUAUUGAGUAUUGUCCUAACCUGGAAUUGGAAGAAGAAAAAGGGUUUCCAUGGAAAGACCUUCACGCCCUCUCUAACUUGAACUUGUUUGGUCUUCCACAGUUGAUAGAUCUACCAAAGGGCAUUCAAUACUUGACUUCCCUUCAAAGUCUCUGUAUUAAAGAUUGUGAAAAUAUGAAACCCACCCGGAGUGGCUUCAUUGCCCCUAGUCUUUGCGGUCACUUUCUAUUACUCGUUCUCCGAAACUGAACUCGCUGCCAGAAGCAAUCCUCCCCUCCCUCACAGUGCUUGAUAUAUUUUCGUGCAAUGGAUUGAAGGAAAGAUAUGAUGAAAUAAAUGGGACAGACUUUUCUAAAAUAAGCCACAUCCCCAAUUUACGCCUUGAAUUUUGAGUCAUCUCGCAAAGCAAACUGUCUCCGCCCCAUUUGGUAGACAUAGUUCAACGUGAUUUAGUUGUUGAGUAUGCUGAUGGUGUAAAAAGAGCAAUGUUAGCUUUUCGUACACUUCUUUAGAAAAAGGACCGCGCGUGCUCAUUUGACUGGAAAACAUUGCUGCCUGUUUAGUCGUCGUUGCUGCAGGGAUAAGUGAUUCUAGCAUCGCUGUUUGUGUUUCACCUCAUCUUAACAAUGUUGAUUUACAUUUCAUAUAAUUUGGUUACAGAUUUCUAGCCAAGGAAUGUGUUAGCUUGUAAAUAAUGUAAGUAGGCCUUGGCAAAUAAUGUGUGGGGUGCGUGGAGAUACCCUUCCUAGAAGGUGAGCCUCAUCGCCCUCUGAUGCUCUUCAAGGGCCCAGGCUAGUGUUCAAUUUUUUUCUGUUAAGACGGGACUAUCAGUUUGUU